AUGGGUCUCCUAUCCUCGUUUGCCUCGACCAACACUGUCCAGGUAUACGCCCUUCCCACGGGGUGGGUUCACCUGCCCGACCGAUGGAUCUGGCAAGACGGCGACGACGACAUUGUCAAGGUGCGCCAGCGUCUUCCCGACUACAGCUUCCUCGUGCGCCAUCCCUCGGGGAAGAACAUCUUGUUUGACGCCGGCCUGCCAAAGAACCUGGACGUCAUCCCUCCGCUCUUCCGCUCCAUCAGCCACAUCUUCGAACCCCAAGUCCCCAAAGACGCCCGCGACCUCCUCUCCGAGGGCCCCGUCUCCCCAGACUCCCUGAGCGCAAUCGUCGUCAGCCAUAUCCACUACGACCACAUCGGCGAUCCCUCUCUCUUCCCCAACGUCCCCUACAUCGCCGGCCCGGGCACAAAAGCAGCCGCCCUGCCCGGAUACCCCGUCGACCCCAACUCGGCGAUGCUGAGAUCGCUGCUCACCCGCGAGAAUUACACCGAGCUGAGCCGGACCGAGGACAAAUGGAUUCCUCUCGGCCCGUUCCCGUAUGCUCACGACUUCUUCGGCGACGGCAGCUUCUACAUUGUCGACGCGCCGGGACACCUCCCCGGCCACGUCACCGGAUUGGCCCAGACGGGCUUCGACGAAUGGGUCCUCAUGGGCGGCGACUGCUGCCACGCUCGCAGUGUUCUCGAUGGAAGCCGCCCGCUCAGCCUCGACGGGUGUCCAGGCGGGACCAGCAUGCACCAGGACGUGGACGAGGCGAUCAAGUCCAUGGAGAGGCUUCGGAAGCUGGACCAGGACGACACCGUGUUUGUGGCCCUGGCGCAUGAUGCCACGCUGGAUGGGAAGAUGCCCGUGUAUCCCGCGACUUUGAACGGAUGGCGGGAAUCGGCAUGGUGGGCGUUCAUGAAGAGCGAGAGGGAGAAGACACGAGCACGAUCUGCACUAUGA